AUGAUCGGAUCCAAGACUCAAGUGGACCUUAUGAGUAUUUUGAAUGGAAUUUCCCUCCCGGUAUCUGCUAUCCCCUCUCUCCACGCCGGCAAUGGCGUGAUGGAGAAGCGACGAUCCACAGUCCUGCACAGGCGUUCACCUUCGCCAGGUAUUCACUACCCCCUAGGGAGAAGUAGAGGGAGACCUCCAAUCAGGGGGGUUUCCCAAGGAUGGGAAAGGGUUGAAAGGAAUAGACAGUUCAUUAAAGGGUUUAGGAAGUCCCCUCCCCCAACCUUCAGCGGUGCUGGGCGCGCCCGGAUAUCAGGCGGAUUCACUGUCUUCAUUACCAACCUGCCUUUUGACUGCUCCAAAGCAGACAUUGGAAGCAUCUUUGGGAAAUAUGGGAAGGUUAUGGAAGUUUAUCAACCCACAUUCCCGGGUUCGUUGAAACCGAGAGGGUACGCAUUCGUUAGAUUCUCCUACGAAGAUGAUGCUCGCGUGGCUAUUGGAGUUUUGAACGGUAAGAGGAUAGAUGGGAGGUUGGUCACAGUUCAAGCCACUAUCCUUAAAACAGAACCUCGCAAGGUCAGCAAAGCUCCCACUGCCCCACCACCAAUUCCACUAGCACAAAACCCUCAUCCUACAGAGACAUUCUUAAGGAUAAACCCCCUCUCCAUCCCUCCCAACCGUCAGAGACAGAAUCUUUCCUGCUCACAGCAGACAGAGCAUCAGUCGACCUCCACCGCAAGAAUGUCUCUGGCUCUGGUUGGUUACACAUCUCACCCUAGCACACUGAUCAUUCAUCUGCUCUGA